GGAAAAUCUGAAAAAUCAAGCAAACGGACGUGAGAAAAUCGAUUAGGGGCUGAGAUGAAAAUCCCUAAACUCCUAGGGUUAUAUCUGAAAACCAGUAACUUCCCUCUACCCGUUCAUCCCGGAAGACCGAAACCCUAGCCUGUAUAAGUACCGCUUUCCGAACCUCCGGUCGAAACUCCUCGUUCACAUACGAAACUCUCUCGAUUCAGUUUGCUCACAAGUCACAACCCACCCUUACCCACGUCUCCGUCUCGAUUCAGUUGGCGGAUGGCCGCAUCAGCGAAGGCUCCGUUUUACCUAAGUUGGUACAGGGCUUUCUUGCCCAACGGUAAUUGCAGGAAGGAAGUUCGCUACUAUCUGAAACGCAGUGACGGACUAUCAGAUCUUGCAGUUGUCGGAACCGAAAAAGGUACCAGGCAUAUGUCAUAUAACUACGCAAUAAAGGACGUGUCUUUGAUAUCGGCAUCGUGCCCUCUGUCUGUUCCAAAGCUCCGGAAACGAAGAGAAGUCGUCGAUUGGCUUAAUUCUAUUGUUUCAGAUAUGCUUCAUCCUCAAGACACCAGGGAAGCAUGUGGAACCAGCAAAAAUAUAGCUUCAGGCUUGAAUGCAUCGAAUACAUUGGAGGAUGUUGUGUUGCAGAGAUCUGAACAGCCUUUCAAAACAUUUACUUGGGUAGGGUCUCCACGGGCUGUUAAGAAGAACCGUUCUCACUAUAUAUCAUUCUGCAGGAAUGGUGUUAGAAUUUCUGUUCAUGACUUUGUUUAUGUGUUAGCUGAAUUUGACAAGCGGCUUGUUGCUUACCUGGAUGACAUGUAUGAAGACAGCAGAGGAAACAGAAUGGUUGUGGUACGCUGGUUUCACAAAAUUGAUGAAGUUGAUAUUCUUUUGCCUAAUAAUAACUAUAAUGACAGAGAGAUUUUAUUUUCUCUUUGUCUUCAAAACCUCAGUAUUGAGUGCGUAGAUGGACUGGCGACUGUCCUCAGUCCUCAGCAUUAUCAGAGUUUGGUUAGCUUACCAAACCACACACAUACGGGACCAUUUGUUUGCCAUAGGCUCUUUGAUAAUGAUGAGCUCAAGUCCUUUGAUAUAACCAGCGUUAAAGGCUACUGGAGACAAGAGCUAUUAAAACAUCACAUGUCUUUCUCAUCGCCCAAAAAAAUGCACUCAGAGGAAUUUAGCGGUGACAUUGUUGGAAACAGGCCUUACAAAAGGCUACGCAUUUCAAAAGACUCUGUACCAAGGAAGUGGGCGUUUAAGUCUCCCCAAAAGCAAUGCAAUGGUAGUUCUCUGGCACCCAUGGAAAUAAGCAAUUCCAAUGAAGCUUGUCUUGAUGUCAUGUUACAUAGGAAAGAUACAGUCAGAGAGGAGCAUGUCCUGAAAUUUGACAUUGGUUCCCAAGUUGAAAUAAUGUCUCAAGAUAGUGGCCUUAGGGGGUGUUGGUUCAGAGGUGUGGUGAUUAAGAAGCACAAGAACAAGGUGAAAGUGCAGUAUAAAGAUGUCAAAGAUGCUGAAGAUGAAGCUAAGAAUCUUGAGGAGUGGGUUUUGUCAACAAAGUUAGCCGCACCAGAUAAAUUUGGUCUCCGGAUUAAUGGGCGAACUUUACUCAGACCUUCUCCUUCACCUCGUAAGGGCAGAGUCUCAUGGGCAUUUAAUGUUGGUGUAUCUGUUGAUGCAUGGUGGAAUGCGGGGUGGUGGGAGGGCAUUGUUGUCCAGAAAGAAUCUGAAAACUGGUUACAUAUAUAUUUUCCAGGGGAGAAACAAACACAGAUCUUUAGUCACGAUAACUUGAGGCAUUCACAAGAAUGGUUGAUCGAUGGUUGGAAGCAUCUAAAGGAAAAUCCUGAUCUAAUCCCUGUGUUGUGUGGUGGUGUGCAAACAGUGACGGGGGCAGUAAAGGAGUCACUUGAUCAUGUCAUAUGCACCGAUAUUGAUGCCUCAGUUCGUUGUGCUCACCACAGACCUGAGAAACCACCUAAAGUCAACGUUGUGUUUGCUAAACAAGGCAAUUUGGAUGGGUUGGGAGGGGCCAGUGAUUUAUCUAAAGAUAACCGACUUGGUCAGUUGCAGUGGAAGUCAUUUAGGAAGAGAAGGUUAUCCCGAAGCCCUCCUGUUAACAAGGCACAUUUUGGCUUCAACAAAAAUCAGAAUGUCAAUGAGGAAUCCAACAGCUUCUUUUCCUCGUCACUGAAGGCAGACCCUGGAAAUUGUAAAUAUAUGACCGAUUCCCUCUUCAAUUCAUCUGUUGUCUCUCCAUUGAACAGCCUUGUUAUGUCUCAGUGAGAAAGGUCUUAUAAUUUUGAGGCAGUUCCUUUUUAACAACCGCAUGAAGAGAAGAUGUUUCAAAAAGAUUUGAAGCAGUUCCAUGGGCGGUUGGCUAGCUUCUUCUCUGAGAGAUUUUUGUUGCUGGAAAUGUAUAUAGUGAAGAAGCUUGUAAGGCAGGGGUAUUUAAGAAGUCCAUAGCGCUGUAGGAAUUUGGUUAGAAUCUAUCAUCAUCUAACCGUUAGAUGAUAGGUAACACUCUGGUGUGUAUAAAUUGUCCAGUGCCAUUUAUAUCAUCAGGAAAGCAAUUUUGAUGAUUCAGAAAGUCAUGCCCCCUCCCAUGUCCAUCUCUACAUGUUCAUAGAGUUCACAGGCCCCUAUACUAAAAAAGUAAACAUGUAGGCGCAUGCAUUGAAAAACACCAAUCAAGUCAUUCUCUUUUUGUACUUUAGAUAGCAGUUGAGCAGACCACUUCUUGAACUUAAACAUAUAAUACAAUAUGUAAAUUGUAUCAAUUUUUAAAAACAUAGGAAAGUAAAUUUAUACAGUAAUACAGAUGACCUCUCCAUUCUUGAGACGCAUGUUUG